ACGAACCACUCCGAAUGUCUGUGCCCCGCCCACACCAAUCGUCUGGCCGGCCGGCCGGCCGUCCGCCGGCGUUGGUGAAAUUGUAUCACGGCCUUUUUAGAAGGCGCCCAUUACCUAGCCCCAAACUUAACUGGGCUUGGGCUCUGCGAGCGGAUAAGGUUUCCGGUCUAAAUAUGUAUGGAAAAAGAUUUUAUUUUUCGGUGACCGUCUUAUUUAUUUAUUUAUUUUAUGUCUGUGGAGAAUUAGGGGUUCUCGGUCGAUGUCUUCCCUGUUUUCUACUUGUGCUGGUGCUGACUACUAACCCUACCUCCUUCCACCCGCCUACCGCCAUGGCCACCGAAACCUGCACGGCGGUUUCGGAUCGAUUUCGAGUCGGCAGAAAAAGACGGUCACUUCCAGAAGUCAAUACUCCUUCUCCGAUGAUGAUUAGCGAACUCGGAGACGAUCUCCUCAUAGAAGUUUUGAUUCGAAGCUUUCCGGAUCCCAGAUCCGCGUGCCGGAGCAAAGCCGUCUGCAAGCAGUGGAGAUCCCUGAUUUCUGAUCCCUGCUUCAGACGCCGCUUCCUCUCCCACCACCAGAGCAAGAGCAAACCGCCUCCUCCGAUGCUUCUCCUCUCACCCGCCAGCCUCCUGACCUUUCUCCCCAUGCCCGCCCGCCCUCCAGAGCAUUUCGCAGUUUUGGAUUGCUUCAAGGACUUGCUUCUAUGUGGGUUCGGGGAGGUAUUUUACCGCCGCACUAAUCCCCAGCUUGCCAGAUCGUACUUGCUCUGCAAUCCGUUUACGGAGCAAUGGAUCGCCCUUCCUUUGGCCCCUGAAAGGCCACUGGAGCUUACGGGAUUCUGUGCGAGGUUAGUUUGUGAACCCUUAGUAUCUAAUAGUCUUGAUGUAGGAUUUGGCCAUGAGUAUCGGUUUCGGGUUGUGUGCGUCUACCAAGUUGGGAAUUCUAUGAAACUGGAUGUGUUCUGUUCGGAGUCGGGUCAAUGGGUGAAGCACGCUAUUGUUCUUGAUGGUUAUCGCAGAUGCGGGAGGAAUAAUGUUGUUUCAUGCAGCAACGGUGUUUUGUAUUUGUCUUAUGCUAGAGCGCAAGACUUAGAUGCUGGGUUGUAUAGACCUUUGAUUGCUGGUUUCGAUCCUUUUCGCUUUGAUAAACCUCCCACUCUUAUUGAUGUUUCCCCUAUCAGCUCCAAAAAGCAUUGGAGUAUUUCAGUUUCACAAGGUGCUUUGCAUUUGAGUGUGUACGAGCACCAAAAACCUAUGGUCUUGAGUGUUUGGAGACUACGAGAUGACUGUAAACUUUGGAGAAAGGUAUGUGAAAGUGCCUUGAAGUCAUCAUCUGGGGAUAACUAUGAACUCCUGUUCCUUGGUGUUCCUUCUCUGCAUCCAGAGAUGCCAGAAAUUGCCUUCUUCACUAAUCUUCCCGGUAGUGUUGGUAGCCCUGGGCAUUGUCACGUGUUUUGCGAUUUGGGAAGCGGGGGAGAGCUAGAGUUCAUCUCUGUAGCAACUCAAUAUUUUGAUCGUUGGAGGGUUUUCCAGCCCAAGAUCUAUUGUUGGCCUACUCGAAUUCCAAGGUAUCAAAAGUUGCGAGGUUUGUACGAUGGAAACUACAGCUGUUGGGUUCAGAUCAACGAACCGUUAACUCCCUCAAUAACGGAAGAGCGGCAAUCUGUUGAUGGAGUUGAAGCUGGUCGUCAGAAGAAGCUGAAGGUGGCGAAAGGCUUGCACCUCCGCAGCAGUACAAUGAAAGGCAAUGGCUUUACGAGGGAAUGAUUAUCUAUAAGUGAAAGGGAAGGGACCGCUGAUUACCUGGUAUGGUAUAGUUUGGUGUUGUUUUAGCACAGUCCAAAGCUAUUUAAAGUAGAUGAAUUGGUAUUUAUCACGAACAGGUUACAGGUCAGCUGCAUGCUGUAUUUAAACUGUGUCAAGCUUAUGAAUGGUGUUUGCUUGAAUGUAUGGUUUUAGGAGUUAGAUUGUUGUAUUUAAGGAAAAUGCAGCGACCAAAACUCAGGUUGAUUGAUGUACCAAACCAUUGUCAAUAGAAAGUAUACAUCGACUACCUGGCUGGGGAAAGAUCACAACAAAUCAAGUCCUAAUCUUGACCCUGGCUGGCCUUAUCACUGUCGAUGUCGAGUACCUGGCGUGAGAUGCAAUGCUUGCACGAAGAGCAUUAGUUGAUUCUAGUAUAGCUGCAGCGGGAUGUGUUACCAGUCUAGGGGUGUACAUGGGUUGGGUGGUCCGGGUUUAGACAUUUUAAUCACCCGACCUAUGUACUACGGUUUGGGAAAUAUUAAACUCAAACCCACCCAAAAAAAAUCUAUACCCUACGGUUUGUUUCUAAUUGGGUUGGGUUGGGUUGACGAUAUUUUUAAGUAAAAAUCCAACCCAACACAAAAUAUGUAAUUAUUCUAAACCAUAAAAAUAUUUUAUAACUAAUUAAAAAUUCAAACGAAUAAACCGAGGUGAAAGGUAUCAAAAUUCACAUAUGUUGUUUGAAUUUUAAUAAAAUUUAAUUUCCUUCAACUUAUGUCUAGUUUUUUUCACGACAUUUGUUAAAAUAGGCUAAAAAGGUUACAAAUAAGUGCAUCCAUAAUAUGUUAUUCUAUUAAAAUUGUACACAAGAAAAAGAAUUAUGUGAAUCAUAGCUAUAUUAAAUUUAUGUAUAAAUUUUAAGCUGGAGAAUGCAUUAGAUUAGGCGGACCUUAAGAGAAAAACAUGGCGAAAUAUCUUAAUUUUCUCAUAAGUAUGGCUAUAUACGACAUAAAUAUUUUUUUUGGAUUUGAACUCAUACCAAUAAUUGGAACACGGGUUGGGUCGGUGUCUACGAGUUGUGUAAUCUAAAAUCCAAACCCAACUCAAAAGAGGCGGGUUGUACAUAACUUCAAUUUAAUUGGUACGGUGAAGCUGAAUUGCAUAAGUAUGUGGUUACGUUACGUACAGUAUAGUCCACAACUGUAUAUUUGGCCGCAAUUAAUAUGACAAUGUAGAAUUGAAUUGACAAUGUGUGUUGGAUUUGUACACGCAUCAUCACCCAUAAUUCUAGCGAAAACCGCAAACUUUCGGGUAUGGGGCCAAAGGCUGUUUGAUGAUGUGUUCAGAGUUUGGUUUCGCCUCGUUGGUUAGUAACUCACCAAGAGCCGUAUAUCUAGGACGAGCAUUCUUGUGGCUAGGCUUGAUGUGGGAUAGGGAGAGGUUUUUUUGUCCGCUUUUUGAAGUUUAAUUGUUUCCUUUUUUUUUAUUAUUUUGUCCAGCAUUUAUUAGCUCGCUUUUCAAUAGAAGAAAGAGUUACUAUCUUUUAUUUGCAACUCUCUUUUCCUCUUUCUUUGUUCCUUACUCUCUCCCAAUCUCCUCCUCCUCUAGAUCUAAUCUCUUCUUUAAUUCUUCAUUUUUUCUCUCUCCCAAUCUCCUUCUUCUCCAGAUCUAAUAUCUUUUUUACUUUUUCAUUUUUUUUCUCUCUCUAGCAAUCGACGAAGGAAAAGUGUAGCCUCCUUCUUUUGUCAAGUCCUCAGCCUCAAAAUUGGUGACACUCCAUUUCGACAAAGAGAGAACAGAUCUAGGUGAGUCGAGUUUGCAUAUUAUAUAUUUUAGUAUUUGUUUGUGAAUUUUCAAUUCCGAUCUUUCUCUUUUUGUCUUCUUUUGAUGUUCUAGAUUGCGGAGGAGGAAACGAGAGGAGGCAGAAGAAUGGCAUGUGAAGUAUGUCUUAGUUAUAUGUAUAUUGUUGUUACCAUAUUAUACCAUGGUGGCAUUGUGUGGUAACUAGAUGUGUAUUGUGGUUAUCAUACUAUACCAUAUGGUAAUGUGUGGUAACUCGAUUUAUACAUAUGGUUAACAUAUUUUACCAUGAUAGUAGAGGGUGGUAAUCGACAACAAUUCAGAGAAAGAAGAGUAAGAAGAUAAUAAAGGGACAAGAAAGCGAGAAAGUCGUAACUAUAUAUACCACAGUAUACAUAUUGUAAUGUGUGGUAACUAAAUGUAUUUUUAUGCAUACCAUAUUUUACUAUGGUCGUAGAGGGUGGUAAUUAGAUUUAUAUUUGUUGUUAUAUGGUUUACAUUCUCUUACCAUGUGGUAUUUUACGAUAGUUAGAUUUCUAAUUUUAUUUUAGCAUGUUAUAACAUAUGGUAUUGUAUGGUUAUUAGAUUUGUAAUUUUCUUUAGCAUAUUUUACCAUGGUAGUAGAAAGUGAUAGUCAUAUUCAUAUUCAUACUUGUAAUUACCCUUUUUAGCAGAGAAUCAUUAAAUGAAAAAAAUCAUC